AUGCAUGGCGCUGCACAAGAUGCAGUAUCUGUCGUUUGCAUAUCUGACACGCACAAUACACGGCCUGAGGUGCCUGAGGGAGAUGUUCUCCUGCAUGCAGGAAAUCUCACCGUGGGCGGUUCUUAUGCGGAGCUUCAAGCGCAGAUCCACUGGUUGAACACUCUGCCUCAUAGAUACAAAGUUGUGAUUGCAGGCAACCACGACCUGCUGCUGGACCCUGCGUUUGUGGCUCGCUAUCCGGAUCGCAUCGUCGAAGGCGAGGGCACAUCUCGCAACGACCUAGACUGGGGCGAAAUUACAUACCUCAAUAACACGACGACGAGUCUCACAUUCUGCAACGGCCGUUCCAACCAUAUAUGGAUCGCCAUGGACCCCGAUGUUCGGAAGCUGGGCCUUUCAAUACCCUGA